AUGUCUAUGACGGCUUUAUUAUUUGGUUUUGCAAUGAUUGAUAAUAUUCUUUUAUUAUUGAUUAAUAUUUAUAAUAUUAUAACUUUAUCUGAUCUUGAAACUGAUUUAAUGAAUGUUCGGCAAUGUUGUACUAAACUUAAUCAAACGUUCCUACCUGAAAUUGCAUUACAUGUUAUGUUAACAGUUUUUUUCAUAUUCAGUCAUCAUUGGCUUUUAUUUCUGCUCAAUGUUUGUUUGGAUCUUUGGUUUGCUUAUGUAUAUUUUAAGCGUCAACCCGGUCAAUUAGGUAUCUAUGAUCCAUUAGAAAUCAAUAAUCGACAACGGAUUAAAGCAAAGAUGAGAUUUUCGAUGUUUAUUCUUCAUGGUCGAUAUUUUGUUCAUCGUCAUAUUCAUCUCUUUAAACAUUGUUACUCAACUUCAACUAUUAAACCAUUAAAUGUUGCAUUUUUUGGUUCUGACCUUUUUUCGAUGCAUAUUCUUGAACAUCUCUAUCAACUAUUUCUUAAUGAUAAAUCAAGAAUAAAAUGUUUAGAAGUAGUAACAACUGUAUCAACUCUAAAUACUGUUAUGCAAGGUGCUGAAAAACUUCAAUUAACAACUCAUGUUUGGCCAGAUAUUGAUUCAUUAAUAUCGAAAUCGCCUGUUCAAUUCGAUGUAGGAAUUCUUGCAUCAUUUGGUCAAUUAUUACCUAAACGAUUGAUCGAAUCUUUUCCUUUAGGUAUAAUCAAUGUUCAUCCAAGUUUAUUACCUCGAUGGCGUGGUAGUUCUCCACUUAUCUAUACAAUUGCUAGUGGAGAUAAAACUAGUGGUGUUUCAAUUAUGGAUAUACGACCCAAACAUUUUGAUAUUGGACCUGUAUUAAUGCAACAAUCAUUUCCAUUAUCAACGAAUAUGACUAUGUUUGAAUUAUUAAAAAUAUCUGCAGAUGUUGGAUGUUCAUUAUUAGAUAAAGUUUUAGAAGAUCCAAUUAAAUCACGAGAAAAUGCUCAGGAACAAGUAUUAUCAGGGAUUACAUAUGCUCAUAAAAUAAAUAAAUAUGGAUAUUAUAUCGAUUGGCAUAAUCAUACCACUGAAGAUAUUGAUCGAUUGUAUCGAGCUCUUAAUCAAAUUGCAAAUCUACGAACUAUGUUUCGUCAAAAACCUGUUCGUCUAAAAUUACUAACAUUAAUUAAUGAUCAAAAUAUUCUCAAUGAUCUAAAUGCAAUAUCAUCACAACCUGGAACAGCAAUUUAUAAUAAAUCGCUUGAGUGUAUAUGUAUUCGAUGCAAAGAUGGUUGGAUUGGAUUUAAAAAGUUAGCUUAUUUAAAAUCAAUGUAUGCACGUGAUUUUCAAAAUGGAUAUAUCAGUAAAAUAGAUCGAUUUGUAUUCGAUUCAAUACAUAAUUCAUUAUUUGAUUAUAUUUAUGAACGGCGUGUGCCUAAAUAG